AUGGAGUUCUCGGGGAAAGGAUUCUGUGGCCCCCGGGAUUUAUUGCUAUCCAGAGAAUGCCUGGAAUGCGUCUUAGGAAGCGCUGCUCACGGUGAGACUUGGCUGAUAAAGAACGACGCGAAUUCGCAGAAAGAAGAGCUAGCCAAGGACAAGGCCAAGUUAGAAGACGCCAUCGCUCGGCUGGAUGCAGGCAUUGAGCAGGCGACGCAGCGCAUGGAAGAGGAGCGAGAGGAGGCGUACGAAGAAGACGAACAAUACGACGAUGAGAUGGACUACGCAGAGAGAUUCGACCCCCAUGACAGGCGGGACCCAGAAGUGCUUUUAGAGGAGAGGCAACAGCUCAAAACGGACAUUGAAGACCAGCUUGACGAGGUCAAGGAAAAACUCAAGGAGCUCGAGUCCAGCAGCCUCAACUUCACUUGGGAACGUCACGAGCUCCCCAUUGCUCUUCGGCGCCUCGAUAAGCCGUGGGAAGACUUCAACCACGACCUGCUUGUUCAGGCUCACUUAGAGGCCCGAGCGAUGCAAGCGGCAGAAAAGGAACGCCUUGAAAAGGAGGCAAAGAAGGCCGCUAAAAAGGGGAAAAAGGUUGCAGCGCCCAAAGCCGCGCCCAAGGCCAGAGAGGUACCAACCAUCUACUGCUCCAAAGUCAUGGACCCGGGGGUUGCUGUUGCUGCAGACGGCCGCGUUUUCCACCGCACCGAUGCAGGGUAUGACGACGCAGGAGCCAAGGCACUGGUGAAGGAAGUUGAGGUCUUUAUGAAGUUCUGCUGGCGAUACAUUGUAGAAAAAGGAAAGUUCAACUUCGAACAAGUCGGGCUACUUCCGGUUGUUCACACCGCCACCAUCAGCCGCACGCACAGCAGAUCUAGAAGCAUGUCUGGGGCUGCCAUCAUCACGCCGUUCAUGCAGAACGGGAGCGUGGGGGCAGUCAUGAAGGCAUUGUCUGGGAAGAGGAACACGUAUGCGUACAAGCCCGAACUUUUGUUGGCGAACGCGAGGACCCUCGUUUCGUGUCGUUAUUUCAGUAGUGCUGUUGACGGCUCAGGCGAAUUCAAGCGCUGGCUGGUACAAGUUGCGAAAGGUCUAGCUGUGGUUCCUGCUUACUGCUCGCCCGAAUACCACACUGCGCUGACCGAAAGGCGAAUUCAGCGAGCCGCGGUGUACGUGGAUAGCCUGUCUCCUCACAAAAACGACGUGUUCUGUCUAGGCCUUGUCCUACUGCAGUUAGCCACUCUACAAAAUGUGGCGGCGUAUCGGGACAAGCCCAAACGGUUGGCAGCAGCAUUGGAGAAGCUUCAGAACAACAACGAAUCACCGGCAGCCCCAGAACUGGCAAAACUGUUAAUACGGAUGUUGACGAUGAACCCGGCAGAGAGGCCUCUUUUUAAAGAUCUGGUGGAUGUUCAAGAUCGCUGGACCCUUCAGGCGUCAGACUGGGUUCGUGGAUUUGCGGAAGUGUUAGGCUUUGGGAAGACACCUGGUGAAGAGCUGUACCUGGAUAAGUCGCUUACUCCUCCAGGAAUGGGCACCCAGACAGCGGCGCCAGACUCGAAGAAGGAUAAGAACGGCAAAUCAACGUGUGCCAUAAUGUGA